GUGAAGAGUCGAGUAUAGGCAUAAAAAAGAAAAAAGAAUUUACGAGAUAAAUCUAAGGGAGAAUACAAAAGAAAUGAAAUCGGCGUUUCGAAACGCCUACAUCCUUUCACUCUACCGCUCCUUAAACCCUAACAUCCUCGCUUCCAUUUCUCUCACUACCCUCCCUUCCUCUGCCAGACCUCUUUCUGCUCUCCAAAACGCACCGUUUCGUUCUCUCUGCUCAACCAUCUGUUUCUCCUCUUUAACAAUGGCUGCCACAGGUGACAGGAACUCAUCUUCACCUCCUACACUAGAAAAUCAGUUCAAGGAGUUCCGUACACAUCUAGAAGAAUCCGGAAGCGUACGAGAGAAAAUUCGAUCAGUAGUCUCGGAAAUCGAGUCCUCUUCUAGAUGCAUCCAUGUCAGUCUCCUUCUCGUUCACCAGUCUCGCCCUGUUUCAGAGAUCUUAGAAGAGGCUAAAGCACAAAUUGAAGUCUUAAAGAAACUUUAUAGCCAACUCGCAGAUAUUAUUAAAGAUCGCCCUGGUCAAUUUUAUAGGUAUCAUGGAGAUUGGAAAAGUGAAACGCAAACAGUGGUUUCUUUGCUUGCUUUUAUGCAUUGGUUAGAGACUGGAAAUUUGCUUUUACAUUCUGAAGCUGAGGAAAAACUUGGAUUGAAUAGUUCAGAGUUUGGUUUGGACAUUGAGGACUAUCUGAUUGGUAUUUGCUUCAUGUCAAAUGAAAUGCCUCGAUAUGUGGUGAACCGAGUAACUGCUGGGGACUAUGAUUGCCCAAGAAAGGUGUUGAAGUUCUUGACAGAUCUUCAUGCUGCUUUUCGCAUGCUUAAUCUCCGGAAUGAUUUUCUGCGCAAGAAGUUUGAUGGCAUGAAGUAUGAUCUAAGAAGAGUUGAAGAAGUAUACUAUGAUGUUAAGAUCCGAGGUCUAGCAAGCAACGGAGAUUUAGUUGCAGACCAGAUAGUUGAAGGUCAGUCAUAGAUUUGAUAGUCACGUGCUGCCUGUUACCCCUCUAGUUAUAUGUUUGAUGGUUUUUUAUAUUCAUUCAUCUGGAGGAAAUAUUUCAAGAAGGAUGACGUUGGCAACUGUCCGGUGGAUGAUAAUCCAGAUUUUUGAGAAAACAUCUGCUAAAUUUCUCUCUACUCUGCAUAUAUAUGUUGACAUGAAAAACAGGCAAUAUGAACAUAAAAAGGUUCAUUAUUAUAUAUUAUCAAACCAUUAGUACUGGGGUAGAACAACUUAUGAAAGUAGUUCACAUCUAUUAAGUUUUA